CAUGGAGCGUUGUCACUAUUGAUACACACGCCAUGACAUGAGUCGGGGACAAGAGCUGUAAAACAAAUACAUAAGAUGGAAGUGGAGGAAGACUUCUACUCGUAUGAGUUCAGCAACGAUGCCGACCUGCCGGUGUAUAAGGACAGCGAGGAGCUGUUCGCGGCUCUUCGGCAGAAGGAGGAUGAAGUUCUUCUGGCUGCUCAGGUGGGCAAAGCUCUGCUCAUAGAGAACAGACAACUGAAAGAAGACAGAGACACACUCCAGGACAAGUACAUGCAGCAGCUGGAGGAGCUCCAGCAGGGCCGGUACGAGCUGCGGGGCAAGCUGGAUAUCUGUCAGGCUCAGUGGGAGAGCCAGGUGUCCGAGCUGGAGCGAGAUGUGCAGGAGCGUCAGGCGCAGGUGGACACACUGACCCAGGCUCUGAGCGAGGCUGACAGUGAGAAGACCAGACUGAAGCAUGAGCACAGCGAGCAGAGCCAGAGACUCAGAGAACAGCUGCAGACGGGUAUGGAAGUGGAGCGAACCAUGACCAGCGAGCUUCAAAGGCUAAAACAGGAAAUGAGAGAAAGGGGGCAUGCCAGACCCCAGGAUGAAGAAAUCAUCAAUGCUCUUAGAGAACAGGUAGCGCGGCUCACGCAACGGGAGCAAACACUUGAACAGCGCUUGAAGAUGACUUGUCACGAGAAUGAGGAACUUAAAGACAGUGUGUCCUCACUCCACAAACGCCUGGAUUUACAGGAACAACAGAGUCACACACACAUACAACAGCUGGCAGAGGCCUGGCGAGACGUGGACGGGGCUCGUUCCUGGGCACAUGAGCUGCAGUCUCGGCUAGAGGAGCUGCAGGAGGAAGUGGCCCUCCAGGAGAAAAGCCACAAUGACACUUCUUUACUGUCGGAGCUGGAGAACAAUCUGGACACCGCAGACUGGAGCCUGGACAAAGAACAGGUCUCUCGGGAGGUGCACGUCAUCCUGGAGUUGCUUCAGCCCGUGGCCUACAGAACAGAGGCCGAGCAGAACUCGGAUGACAGCCUGCAGGGCAUGCUGGGACAAUUGAAACAUGCAGCACAAUGGAUAGCACAGAGCGAGACACUACAGGAGAUGAGGAAGUCCAUUGUGGGACCGGUGAGCGAUCCUUGUGAGAAUGUCAUCCGGACACAGGAGCUACAGGAUCAGAUCGAGCGCCUGAUAGCAGAAAACACUAAGCUCAAGCUGCGACUCAUGAACGAGGAGGUAGUUCAGCAGGCCAUAAAGGACAGAGACCAUGCCAUCGCAAAGAAGACAGCGAUGGAAUCAGAGCUGCUGAGGACGAAGCAUGAUAUGAUGUGUUUAAACAACCAACUCCUGGAAGCCAUUCAGCGUAAACUCGAGCUGUCGCAGGAACUGGAGGCCUGGCAGGACGAUAUCCAGAUUAUCAUCAAUCAGCAGCUGAGGAGCCAACAGCAGACAGAACAGCAGCAACUGCCCCAGAAGAGAUCCACGGGGCGUCUUUCUUUCCUGCGUAAGUCCAGACGGCCCUCUUCUUCCCCCACGGUCGUGUCCGAGAUCGGCCCAGAGCAGAACCUGUCCCACUGGAGAGACUGGCUCAGACUGAGCAAAUGAACCUCACACACUUAUGAUCAAUGCCAAAAACACAUUCUAACCAUGUUAGAAAACAAUGAAAAAGAACAACAACAUUUUCUUGGAGAAAAGUCCUGCUUUCACAUGUGCAAAAACACGUGGUCACAUGUGGAACACACACUUUGCACAUGUGAAAUCCAUGUGAUGGCAUGCUCAUGUGGUUUUUCAGAAAGUGUUGGGUGAAUCUCACAAAAAUGCAUUUCUCCCCAAACUCAAAAAAUAAAAAGAAGUAAUAUUUUGAAUGAAGAUAAUGCAUCUUUUUAGAACCACUGUUUUUUUU